AUGCCUGAUCAGCGGGAGGUCUCCAGCCCGGCCUCAUCAAGGGGUACGUCGUCCUCGCCGCCGGCGUCGCCGGCCGCGCGGCGUGCGGGUGGCGUAGUAGGCGAGGCGAUGCGGGCUCGCCACCCGUCGUACCGCGGCGUCCGGAUGCGCGCGUGGGGGAAGUGGGUGUCUGAGAUCCGGGAGCCGCGCAAGAAGUCGCGCAUCUGGCUCGGCACCUUCCCGACGCCCGAGAUGGCCGCGCGCGCGCACGACGCCGCCGCGCUCGUCGUAAAGGGCCCCACCGCGGUGCUCAACUUCCCGGAGCUCGCCGCGUUCCUCCCGCGCCCGGCCUCCGCAGCGCCACGCGACGUGCAGGCCGCUGCCAUGCGCGCCGCCGCCAUGGACGUCCCUCCGUCCCUGCUUCAUCAUCCGGCUAUCAUCGCCGCCGCCGCAUUGUCCUCCUCGCCGGAGGCCACGCCUUCCGCGGCCAGGAGCGCCUUCUCCGUGGAGGACGACGACUUCGAGGGCAUCUUCGAGCUGCCUCGCCUCGACGACGACGCUGCAGAGCUCGUGUUCGUCCACGACGUGACGCUGGCGGAGGUGUCGUCGUGGUGCGACCCUGUCUGGAUGGACGACCAAGGCUACCCGCCGGCGGCGAUGACGCAGGACGACCUGUUCGGCGGCAUCGGCCUCGACGCCGCGGACCAACACGGCUGGGGCACGUCAGUUAGCACCCUCUUGUGGAACCUGUAA